AUGAGCAUCGAAAACAAGUCAACAGUAGAAGAAGAUGCUCCCGCAGCCAUCAAAGUGAUGACUGAGCUACAAGAAAAGGCGAAAGAGGUCAUGGGCAGAGUCAAUACGCUGAGAGAAAGACUAUCCGACCUCCCAACAUCAAAAGGGGUCUCCCUCCUAACCGUAAAAUUCCACACCCUCCUCUCCUACCUCACACACAUCACAUUCUACACCCUCCUCCGCACCCAAGGCCACAAAAUAGAAUCCCACCCAACAAUCGACUCGCUCAUCGAACUACGAACAGUACUCGAAAAAAUCCGUCCCAUGGAGCUCAAACUGAAAUACCAGGUCGACAAACUAGUUAAAGCUGCUGUGAAUGCUGAUGAAGUCGGUAUUGCAGCGCAGACGCAGCAGAACGUGCAGGUCGAUACCAUGGAUCCGCUCAUGUAUCGCCCUAAUCCCGGUGCGCUUAUGGGUGAUGAGGCCGAAGACGAUGUAGCGGGUCACAAUAACAGUAGCAAUAAUACACAGCAACGAGACAGCACGGGACUAUACAAACCACCACGGGUAGCUCCGAUGCCAUACACCGACUCAUCCUCAACCACAGCCAACAAACAAACCAAACUAACAGCCCAAGCUAAAGAAAAAGCCGCUCGGUCACGUAUAAUCAGAGACCUGCGCUCCCAGUUCGAUGAUCGGCCUGAGGAGACGUCUACUGAGGGAACAGGGUACUCGCGUAAGGAUGGAAUGACGGAUUGGGACAAGUCGUGGGAUGAGCGAGAAAAGUUUGAAGAGGAUCAUUUUAUACGUUUGAAUUUGACGAAAAAGGACAAGUGGCAUCGGAAGGAAUUGCAAAAGACUGGUGGGAUGGGGAGGUUUCAGGAUGAAUUUGAGAAUUUGGACACAGAUUUCGCAUCCCUCACAUCAGUCAAGAAAGCCGUCGAUGCUAGUGAUGCAGAUACAUAUGGUCGUGGCUUACUAGGUCGUAAAAACAAACGUGUGGCUGCUGCAAUGAUGCAUGGUGAUGAUAACGACGAUGGUGAUUCAGGGCAAAAGAAGCCUAGGUUCAAGGAUGUAGACAGCCUCAUAUCAUCUGCGAGUAAGGAUCAGGAUAGAGGUGGUCGUUUCGAGAAACGGGUAAAGAGGUUUGUUAGGCCCAAGAGGGGUGGUGGUCGUAAAUAA